UAUAAUGUUUCGAUAGUGCGGACGAUUGAUUAUUCGAAAAAUAAAUAAUUGUUACAAGCAUGAGCUGCUUUAAAGACGUAUAUUUUUGGAGACAGAGUCUAAUACUUAUAGGAGACAGCAUACACUCAGCCGGAACUGGUCUUAUGCUUAGUUUCUCUUCUGUCCUGAACCCAGCUCUUCUAUCAAACUCUACGGACAUACGAGCUACACCAGAGGAAGUGUCAUGGAUUUCUGCAAGUCUUGGUUUUGCGGGAUUGGUGGGUCUAAUAUUUCUCCCACCUUUCUUCCAACAUUUCGGAAGAAAAACUAUACACAUCGCUCUUAACUGUCUACUUUCUAUUGGAUUCCUUUGUUUCUUCUUUUCAAAUAGCAUUACAGGAUUGUUUAUUGGUAAAUUUAUUCAAGGGAUUGAUAUGGGUGGCGUAACUAUAACCAUUUUUAUUAUUGCCGAGUAUUCACAUCCCAAACGACGUGGUUACUUUAUGACUAUAAAGAAAGCAAGUGUAUCACUAGGUUCUUUACUCUGUCAUUCUUUAUAUUUCUCGUGGACUUGGAGACAAAUCGCACUUAUAGCUGUGGUACCUUACACAAUAUCAACAGUUAUGAUAUUAUUUUGGCCAGAAAGCCCAGCCUACUUGGCUAUGAAGGGCAAGUACAAUGAAUGUGAGAUGUCUCACACUUGGCUCUUUGGAAAUUCCCAGAAGAGUAUUAAAAAUCUACAUGAACUAAUAACAGCUCAAAUGGAGAGACAGAAUAAAAAGCCAAAGACUCCAAAGGAGAUGGUUAAAAGAAUUGUGGGAAAAUUCGCUCGGAAAGACUUUAUGAUGCCAACAUUGAUUGUCGCGUUACUAACAUUGAUGGUGGAUGCUUCAGGGCGAUAUUACAUGAUACUGUAUAUAAUACAGAUUGUUGUAGAAAUAACUGGUGAUACAUCAACAGCAGUAUACUGUUCGAUAGCUGCUGAUAUAUUUACCAUGAUCGCUUUGAUCCUCCAGGGCUUUGUUAUCAAGCGAAUGUCACGGCGAAAAAUCCUUCUCUAUUUUGGAAUUAUCAGUACAGUCCUCACAUAUAUUUUAAGUCUUAUGAUUUACUUGCAAUCGAAAUCGCUUUGGUUGACGCCUUCAUUAAUCGUUUUCAAUUCGUUUAUAUAUUCGGCUAUGUAG